AUGUCGACAGAAAAAGCACCAAGUGGUGAACAAUCAACAGAAACUCAAAGACAAGGUACAGCAGGUACUGUUGGAGAAUUAGCAACGCAAAAUCAAACAGGAGGAACUGCAGGACAAACAAGUAGUGGAACAGGUACAGCUGGACAAAUAUUACCAACAGCAACUGCUGAAAGUAGUAUGAAGGCAACAUUGAGUGGUGCUACUAAUACAAGUUAA